UUCAUAUUUGUUAUUAAUGUAAGGUAAUGUUUAGGAUUGAGGUAGGUGUAGGCGUUAGCUAAUGUCAUUUAUUGUAAUUAUAUAGCGAGAUUUUGCACCACUUCCGGCCGUAGCUGUAUCCAUUCUAGCAACGACCUCGCGCGUUUGACCCACGCGGCUCUCCAUAGCGCAUGCACGCGCCUCACCAAUAGAAACGGAAGAAAUGUCCGUUUCCUGCCAUCUUUCUAUCCCAUAACGGCAUCGCUUUUCCCGAGCAUCUGCUUAAACCGUCCUCUCAUAUUUGCUCGCGACGUCAACGCGUUUGAGGCUGACGGAGCGUGAACGCGCAAAUGCAUGGGGUGGCGUAGGUGCAGAAGAGCUGCAAACAUCAGGGGUCGAGCAUGGCGUCCUCGUACGGAUCUCAGACUCUCAGUAAGGACGAUGUGAACUAUCGGAUGCACUUUCGCAUGAUAAACGAGCAGCAGGUAGAAGACAUCACCAUCGACUUCUUCUACAAGCCGCACACCAUCACGCUGCUCACGUGCACGGUGCUCAGUCUCAUGUACUUCGCGUUCACGCGAGACGAAGGAAAUCCUGACAGUAAUGUUUGGGUGGGUCUGAUCCUGGUCAUCUCUUUCUUCCUGGUCAUCAGUGUCCUUGCGUUUCCUAACGGACCCUUCACCAGACCUCAUCCGGCGAUAUGGCGUAUGGUGUUCGGGUUGAGCGUGCUCUACUUCCUCUUCCUGGUGUUCAUCAUCUUUCUAAACUGGAAUCAGGUGAAAGCGCUGAUGUACUGGCUGGAUCCAAACCUCCGCUACGCCAAGAGAGAAGCUGACAUCAUGGAGUAUGCCGUGAACUGUCAUGUGAUCACGUGGGAGCGAAUCCUCAGUCACUUUGAUAUCUUCGCCUUCAGUCAUUUCUGGGGUUGGGGUAUGAAGGCUCUUCUCAUCCGCAGCUACGGCCUGUGCUGGACCAUCAGCAUCACCUGGGAGCUCACGGAGUUGUUCUUCAUGCAUCUUCUGCCCAAUUUCGCGGAGUGCUGGUGGGAUCAGGUGAUUCUGGACAUUUUGUUAUGUAACGGUGGAGGGAUCUGGCUGGGAAUGACCGUCUGUCGUUUUCUGGAGAUGCGCACGUAUCACUGGGCCAGUAUCAAAGACAUUCACAGCACCACGGGUAAGAUCAAACGUGCCGUUCUUCAGUUCACUCCCGCCAGCUGGACCUAUGUGCACUGGUUUGAUCCAAAGUCAUCAUUCCAGAGAGUGACCGGAGUUUAUCUCUUCAUGAUCAUCUGGCAGCUGACGGAGUUAAACACUUUCUUCCUGAAGCACAUCUUUGUGUUCCCAGCAUGCCAUGCUCUCAGCUGGUGCAGGAUUCUGUUCAUUGGCGUCAUCACGGCUCCCACUGUACGGCAGUAUUAUGCGUACCUGACGGACACGCAGUGCAAGCGUGUGGGGACUCAGUGUUGGGUGUUUGGGGCCAUUGCUUUCCUGGAAGCUUUAGCGUGCAUUAAAUUUGGACAGGACUUGUUUUCUAAGACACAGGUUCUGUAUGUGUUUUUGUGGCUCUUGUGUUUGGCCUUCAUCACUUUUCUGUGUCUGUAUGGUAUGGUCUGGUACGCUGAGAACUAUGGACCCAGAGAGAAGACUUUUUCGGAGUGUGAGGACAGUUUUUACUCUGACGGAGCUGAGGGUGUAUCUGAAUGCAAAGGGGAGUUUGAGAUGGAAAGCACAACGUCCUCGACUAGAAGGAAAGUGAAGGAUUCUGGAAAGAACAAAAGCAUCAACGGUGUGGAGAAAUGAGAUCGCCGGCGUUUACUGAACGGACGGAGAACUUUUGCACAUUUGUAUCACUCUUGUAAAUGAAGGUAAAGUCACAUGACUGAGGGUGAGAUCGUCUCCGGUUUGGUCCGAACAUUUCAGAAAUUGUAAGCGCUGGCGUGUUUCAUUACAGCUGUCAGAGACGUAAAUACUGUAUGUCCAGCGUUGAGAUGGAGACUGAAUAACCCCGUCUGAUCUGUGCUGUGUUUACUCCUCACACUAACUCUUCACUUCUUCAACUGUAUUAUAUCCACCUGAUUUCAAAUAAUCUCACUGAUAUCAAAACGCUUCUAUGAUUGAUCACACUGUUUAAAGUCAACAUGAAUGAAACAUUUACAUUAUUUACUGAAAUGAACAUUCCUGCUCCUUUUGGGAAUGAACUCAAACUUUGCCUUCUUGAACUCAAACCUGACCCGUCCCGCUCUAGAUUUGUCACCCACAUGAAAAAUAGUAUCGUUUUACUAUAGUAAACUGCUAAAAUUCCUAAAUACUAUAGUGUUUUCAACAUUACUAUAGUAAAAAGUAUACAACAGUAUUUGCUACAGUUUAUCAAUUUACUAUAGUCAAUCUGUCUAAAUACUAUAGUGCAGUAUACUACAGUACAAAUUUUGAAACAUACUACAGUUUACUAUAGUAAAUCCUCUAGUAUAGGCUACUACAGGUUUGCUCAUGUGAGCGGGCAUGAGAGUAUAAUAUGAGUUUUGAGGGUGUGGUAAGACCUGCGUCUGUUUGAAAUGGAUUGGAAAUAUCAAAGUUCUUUGAUCAACACUCAUUACCUACAUGAUGAAAUACUGUCAUAUAGUAAACUGUAGUAAAAUUCUGCUUUUUUGGACUCUACUAUAAUAAAUAUAAACUCUGCAGAAUUUACUGGAGUAUAUCAGUUGACUGCAGUGAAUACUAUGGUAUUCAUGAACAAAGUGUACUAGACUUUACUGCCGUUGCCUACAGUAAAUACGAGAGUUCUUCAUGUCCAGUGGAACUCCUGAAGAGGUUUUCUAGUGAAAGACUGAGGUGUGUCGGGCAGGUGCUUCAUCCAGCCUGACGUUGAGCUGAAUGUAGUUGAAUCGGGUUAAGCUGCUGUGGAUGAGAGAGGAUGAAGUUGACCCAGAUGUGACCGAACCACGUGUGUUUUAUGGUUUCAUCGUUGCUCCAGUGAUAUUUGUGAAGCGCCGGAUGGUUUCAUGUUUAAUUCAUUCUUCCUCUGCUGUCGUUGUUUCUGCAUGUUCCAGGAAGCUCUGUAUGUGUUUUAUCUGAUGUGUUUUGAUCUGUGCUAUUCAAGCCUUUUUGGAUGAACAUCUUCUUUUUCUUACAUGAAUUGUGUGCCUGCAUGACAGUGUGUUUGAUGAACUGUUUUCAGUUGUGUUGCCGUUACUUUGUGUGCUCUCUCUGAAGAUUUUUGGUUUCUCUUCUGGUCCUUUAUCUCAUCUCAGUGCAGACGGUUCUGAACCUUUGUGAACCUUUGCCAAAACACCAGUGUGUGUGUGUGUGUGUGUGUGUGCGCGUGCGUGCGUCUUUGAAUGCGCGUGCGUGUGUAUUUGAGUGUGCGCACACUGGUCUUUGAAUGUGCGCAUGUGUGUGAGCCACUGUGAAAUUUGAAAUGCCUUUUCUUCCUGCUUUACUUUUCAUAAAAACUGCAAAGGUAAAAUGAGUGUUUGUGUUUUCUGUGAAGUUCAAAUGUUUUAAUUGUUUUUGUCACAACAUGACUGAAUUGUGCAUUUCUGCAGUAACUUCUGGUUUGUUUGCAAAUAAUUGUAACUCAUGAUUCAUUGAUAUGUAACUGACUUUGAAGAUUAAAUAUCAUCUGUGUCUCCUG